AUGAUUCUAGGGGGAUCAAAGAUCGGCCGAUUGAGCGGUGGUAAUGAGUUGAGCAGUGGUAAUGAGCUUGGCGGUGAGCUCGGCGAGAUGAGGGGAGGUAAUGAGCUCGGCGGUGAGCUUGGCGAGAUGAGCGAAGGUAAUGAGCUCGGCGGUGAGCUCGGUGAGAUGAGCGGAGGUAAUGAGCUCGGCGGUGAGCUCAGCGAGAUGAGCGGAGGUAAUGAGCUCGGCGGUGAGUUCGGCAAAAUGAGCGGAGGUAAUGAGCUCGGCAGUGAGCUCGGCGAGAUGAGCGGGGGUAAUGAGCUCGGCGGUGAGCGGGGGUAA